AUGCCUCAGGACAUUAAGAACGCCCACUACUCCUAUGACUACCUCCAUGGGUUGAGGGAGAAGUACGAGAAGUCGGCUCAGGACUUCUGCCGCGGUAUGACCUUUGAGGACGCCCUUGCCCAUGUCAACUCCACCGGCCGCACAGACUUCACCCGGGAACAGUUGGAGGCCUUUGACACCAACCAUGACGGCAGCAUCAACUUUGCUGAAUACAUGGAAUUGAUGCUCAACAACGACAAGGAGCUCGCGUUCCGUAACGCCAAGUUCAUCGCUUAG